CCAUCCUCUCUCCCAAUGGCCAUGUUUCCGUCUCUUCGCUUCGCUCUUCUCGUCUUCGUCUUGUCUUUCAUAUUCUGCUUCGCUGGAACAGCUUCUGCUGUUUCUCCGGACGAUGAAUCGGAGAAUCUGGUGAUCCGUCAAGUGGUGCCCAACGAAGAUGAUCUUCUAUUGAACACCGAACACCACUUCGCCAGUUUCAAGAGGAGGUUCCGGAAGACCUACGCUACUCUGGAGGAGCACGCUUACCGAUUGGGUGUCUUCAAUGCUAAUUUGCGACGUGCCAGGCGUCACCAGAUCCUUGAUCCCUCCGCUGUCCACGGCGUCACGCAGUUCUCCGACUUGACGCCCGAGGAGUUUCGCCAAAAUUACCUCGGUUUGAACCCUCUCAGAUUACCAGCCAAUGCUCGUAAGGCUCCCAUCCUCCCCACCAAUGAUCUCCCCACCGAUUUCGAUUGGAGAGAUAGCGGCGCUGUUACUCCUGUUAAGAACCAGGGUUCUUGCGGAUCUUGCUGGUCUUUCAGCACAACCGGAGCCUUGGAAGGAGCUAAUUUUCUCGCUACGGGAAAGCUUGUCAGCCUCAGUGAGCAGCAACUUGUAGAGUGUGACCACGAGUGUGACCCAGAGGAGCCAGGUUCAUGUGACUCUGGCUGCAGUGGGGGGCUAAUGACCAGUGCCUUUGAAUACACACUGAAAGCUGGUGGGCUUAUGCGAGAGGAAGAGUACCCCUACACUGGGACUGAUCGUGGUACCUGCAAAUUUGACAAGACUAAGAUUGCUGCUAAAGUGGCUAACUUCAGUGUUGUCUCUCUUGACGAAGAUCAGAUUGCGGCAAAUCUUGUGAAAAAUGGUCCACUUGCAGUGGGUAUCAACGCGGUUUUCAUGCAGACUUACAUAGGUGGAGUUUCGUGCCCGUAUAUAUGCUCUAAGCGGUUGGAUCAUGGGGUGCUUCUGGUGGGUUAUGGCGCUGAAGGUUAUGCUCCCAUCCGUUUGAAGAACAAACCAUACUGGAUCAUAAAGAACUCUUGGGGAGAAAGCUGGGGAGAGAAGGGUUACUACAAAAUCUGUAGGGGUCACAAUAUCUGUGGGGUGGACUCGUUGGUCUCAACUGUGGCCGCUGCCCACAUCUCACAAGAGUAGAUUCGUGAAUUACAUUGUGGUUUCCCUGUACAAAAAUGUUAUUAUGUUCUAUC